AUGAAAUAAAUUCCCGGUUUGAAACAUGAUGGAUCAUAUUUGUUAAUUAUAAAACAUGAUAAAAACAAGGCAAAUUAUGUUUGUGAUGAAUGUUGUCUUGAAUGGGAAGAAUAAUAAAUUAAGGAUGAAUUAGUAAAAUUAAUUCAUAUAAAGAAGGUAUAUUUCAUAUAUAUUUAUGAAAGGCAUUUAGAUCCCAGAAUAAAUUAUUUAAAAACUUAAUUUGUUACCUUACCUCUCGGAGUUUUUUACCGAUUUAGAUAAACAUGAUGACAAAGCCAUGA